AUGCUGGUCUGGUCACGAUUUGGAGGCCAGAACGGGCUGCAUGAGCCCUCCCGGCCCCCUUCCUCGCUGGGCGCCUUUGGAACCUUCCUGGGCUCCGGGCCCACCCAGGGAAACCCGCGUUGUCCCGGCAACGCCUGUAAACAUUCGCCUGGAAUCCGGCCAAGAGAGAGUUUCCGAAUCGGUUCCUGUCGCUGCUGCUCCAAGCCAGGCUCGGCCUGGACAGGUCAGUAUAUCGAGCCAAUCAAAAAGGUCAGAUUUGCGGACCCAUUGGUGAUAGAUGACAGCAUUAUAGACCUGAGAAGAAAGCAAAAGGAAGAAGAAGCUGCUCUGAAUGCAUUUGCUCUGAACUUUGUUAAGAGUAUCCUCAAUUCUGUGAUCUUGCCAGCAAAGAAAAGGCCUUUCAGAACCCUACGAGCCCUCACACAUGGGGACUUCACUGAAGAAACUGGUCUUAACCAUAUUGAUGCAUUGGUGGCGAUAUGGAAGCAUGAGUCCUGCUGGGUGCAUUACACAGAAUUCCUGGAUAAACAAGAUGUUCACCAUAGCAUCCUCUACAACUACCGCGUGAACUGGAGCAUCCCGACUGCUCAGAUCCCCAUCCCCAAAAUCGAAACAACGAUGGACUUCACCAUCAAGUUCAGCAAAAGCAAGCCUCCGAGGGCCCCCGUUGAUAUCACCUAUAAAUUGGAUCACCAGACAUUCAUUCAAAGGCCAGAAACUAUGCAAUUUCAAGAAAAAUGGAUGAGGGAAUUUCUUCUUGGAAAAUAUACCUUACUGGACGCAGUUCCCGUGACAAGACAUGCAUAUGACCUUGAAAAAAUUAAGUUAUAGAAUGGCAUUUCUAACUCAUGUGUCAAACAAAAAUUACUGCAUGUCAAACGACAGAACAUUUAUGGAACAAUAAAAUUAACGUGUGGCACACAA